UGCUGCUCUUCAAUGCCUUCACUGGCUCCCGUCACUCCUUUCCAGCGUCUGCCUUUCACCACGCCAGCCGCAGCAUGCGUCCGCUGCGACGUGGAGUCAUAGUCAGCACACUCUCAUUCCUCUUCUUCUUCGCGCUCUUCUUCUACCUGACCGAACCCACACCAGCUCAGCGUCGCAGGCAGCAUCGCACACGGCCGAUCGACAAGAUACUCCACCCCGGCUGGUUCAAACCUCGAUUCAAAUGGAAAAAUGUCCAGCAGCUUCAUCCUGUCGAGACCUUCACCAACUUACCCACUGGCGACCACGUAACCAUCCCACGAAUACAACAUGAUUUCUUUCCCGAGAGUGCCAACCGUGCAAGAGAACGUGAGCGUCGGUUGAGAGCGAUUGAGGAAGCUUUCGAGCACUCGUGGAAUGGAUACAAGGAAAAUGCUUGGUUACACGAUGAGGUCAACCCGUUGACUGGUCAGUCGAAGAAUCCCUUCGGAGGAUGGGGAGCAACGCUGGUGGACUCCCUUGAUACACUGUGGAUUAUGGGCAAGAAGAAAGAGUUCGCAAAUGCCGUGUCGAGUCUUAAGAAGAUCGACUUCACAAGAACCCGCCUCACCGAAGUGAAUGUCUUUGAGACUACCAUUCGAUACCUGGGAGGCUUGCUCAGUGCGUACGACGUUAGCGGACAUCAAUAUCCCAUUCUCCUCACAAAAGCCAUCGACCUUGGAGAAAUGCUCUAUCUUGCAUUCGACACGCCCAACCGCAUGCCAGUCACCCGUUGGAAGUGGCAGAACACCGUCCUGGGCCACAGUCAAGAGGCCAAACCCAGCUCCCUCCUCGCCGAAGUAGGCUCACUCACUCUCGAGUUUACUCGUUUAUCUCAACUUACGGGCAAUCCCAAAUGGUACGAUGCCAUUGCUCGUGUUACCGACCUCCUCGAGGCAUCCCAAAAUCACACGAAGCUUCCAGGUCUAUGGCCGACAAUGAUCAACACCUACACCGGCGACUUCACCCGCGAUACCUCUUUCACGCUCGGCGGUAUGGCGGAUUCCAUGUACGAAUACCUCCCGAAACAGCAUCUCCUCCUCGGAGGUCAGACCUCGCAAUACCAGCGCAUGUUCACCAGUGCCCUGCAGACGGCCCGUGAACACGUUCUCUUUCGUCCACUCGCUCCGGACGAGACUCAACGCAUCCUCCUCCCUGGAACCGUUCGUCACUCCGCGCACAAAAAUACCCUUCAUCCAGAAGCCGAGCAUCUCGCCUGCUUUGCGGGUGGCAUGGUCGCGCUUGCCGCACAGAUCUUUCAUACUCCUUCCAAUCUCGACCUCGCCCGCGAGCUCGUAGAUGGCUGCCUUUGGGCGUACGAUAGUAUGCCGACUGGAAUCAUGCCGGAGCUCUUCACCGCUCUGCCGUGCUCCGAAGUUCCAACCACCACCAAGAAUGGAAAGCCAAUGCAGAACUGCACUUGGUCGACCGAGGCCUGGCACGAAGGCAUCCUGUCCCGCGCCCAUCCGAAUCCCGUGGCCGCUCCAACUGCAGCUGUCAUUCCAGUCACGCAAAAUCACACCCUUCGCGCUGAACAUCUCAUCUCCCAAAACGCCUUGCCACCAGGCUUCACGUCGAUCCGGGACAGUCGCUACAUCCUCCGACCAGAAGCCAUCGAAAGCGUUUUCGUCCUGUACCGUAUCACAGGAGACGAGGGGCUGAGGGAAAAGGCCUGGGAAAUGUUCGAAAGCAUCAAUAAGUCGACACGCACGAGGAUUGCAUAUGCAGCGGUCGGCGAUGUAAGAGUAGAGGGAGGAGGAAAGAAGACGUUGAAGUACUUUUAUCUGAUAUUUAGCGAGCCGCAUGUGAUUUCGCUUGAUGACUACGUUUUAAAUACGGAGGCUCAUCCUCUGUUACGAACGAAGUGA